UUCCUACCACCACCUGGCACCUACCUUCACUAGAAGUAAUAGUGUUCUGUGGUGUACAGUGUAGUGUGUACUGUGUAGUUGUGUACACUGUAUACAACUGCAGCAUAGAAAGUUUUCUUUUCACUGUUCCUCCAAAUUUGUUCAAUCUAAAAUAAAAUGGCUACUGAGGUCGAGGAAACUAUCAAAAGAAUUCAAGCUCAUAAAGGUGUUAUGGGUGUCGUCAUUGUAAACCACGAAGGUAUACCUAUAAAGACGUCGUUGGAUAAUGCAACUUCUGUGUUAUAUUCUGGUCUUAUAAGUCAGCUGACAGAAAAAGCAAGAAAUGUUGUUCGUGAAAUGGACUCCACUAAUGAGCUGACAUUCCUUAGAGUUAGGAGCAGGCGCCAUGAGAUAUUGAUAGCCCCUGAUCGAGAAUUCAUACUUAUUGUUAUUCAAAAUACAUCAGACUAGUCCAAGUAAAUAAUCUUAUAUAUACUAAGCGUAGGAGAGUAAACAUUUGAAAAAAGAUAUAAAUAAAUGAAGAAAGCCUAUUAAACGUAAAUCUUUUUUCAAUAAGAAAAAUUUGUAGGCACAUAGCAAUUCUUCUUUAUUACCUUUAGUAUCUAUGUAAACUUCUCUUCUUAUGACAAGGAUUGUAUUCAGUUUAGUAGUCAAAUUUUAUUUAUUUGCUGUGAUUACUAAAUUUAAAAACAAAUUUGUAAUAGGUAAUUUCACUUAAUCUUAAAACUUUCUCAGUAAAUAUGUGACGUCACAGAACAAUGACAUAACCAGGUUUUAUUAAGCUUAAUUUUUUGUAGCUAAUAUUUAUUUUAAUAAACUUUACACUAUU